CAUUAAAUGGCCUGACGGCUAUGUCAUUUCUUUUGUUUUUAUGUUCCAUAGGACUUUCGUUCCAGUGCUAUCCUCUUCAGUUCGCCCUAUUUGUUGGUGUUGUCUGCAUUUUCUAUGUUGGUAAUAUCUUGUUGUUGAUGGCAGGUCUAUGACUCACUGGGAUCUAUUAUACCCCAUUUGCAUCAAACCUGGAGUCUGGUUGCCUCUUAAGUAUGUUUCUCCAAGACGUUGAAUCGGCAAGGCUUGAUGGCUGCGUGGUAUGCUUCAUUGUUUAUAUUGCCGGUGCAUUUCCAAGUCAUGUUCCUUCACCCACCCCUUGUUGUGACGGCUUUCUUUUCAUUUCUAAUCUCUCCUGGUCGCCAUACUUCCCAUUUAGGCUGAUCAUGGUUGGACUGUGUCAUACAUUACCUUCCCUGGCUAGGUCACCUGUGAUGAGGCCCGAGGUAUAUCCACUGAAGGCAACUCGGAGGUAUUUGUUGCUGAUACAUAAAACCGCAUACAACCUCUACAGUCUCUAUUACGUUGAUUUAUGUCUUCCCAUGGUAUUUGCGGAUAUGUGUUCGCAGUCAUUCUCAUUCAUGUCAUUCAUUCUUCGUCACGCUUGUCUCCUGCGGCGACCAAGGAGCUGCUACUCAAUCAUGGGUCUUUAAUAUCACUUUCCUUUCUUUACUUCAUCAGUUUUGCCGCCCAUCUACUACCAACAUGCUAUACAUAAGCGAUGCGGGUUU